UAAAAGAUGAACACAGGGAAUCCGUAUCACUUUAAAUACCCAAAACGCAGAAGAAGAUUAGAAGAAAAAGAUGGAAGCGAAGGUCAGCAAAUUCUUCGGGUCGGUCUCCAAUUUCUUUUCCGGCGGCGAUCACAUACCGUGGUGCGAUCGCGAUGUCAUUGCCGGUUGCGAAAGAGAGGUUGCUGACGCCGAAAAGGGCUCAUCUGAUGAGCUGUUGAAGGAAAGCAUCAUGCGUUUAUCUUGGUCACUUGUUCAUUCGAGGCAACCCGAAGAUGUACAACGCGGGAUAGCAAUGCUUGAAGCUGCGCUAUCUGGUGAUGAUAGCCCAUUGAAGAUGAGAGAGAAGCUUUAUCUUCUUUCUGUUGGGUAUUUCAGAAGUGGUGACUACUCUAGGAGUAGGGAUCUUGUAGAACAAUGUCUAACGAUUGCACCUGACUGGAGACAGGCAAGGACACUGAAGAAGUCGAUCGAGGACAAGAUCACCAAAGACGGUGUGAUCGGCAUCGGCAUUGCAGCAACUGCUGUUGGACUGAUUGCUGGUGGCAUUGCUGCUGCUGUUUCCAGGAAGAAGUGAGCCAAUUACUUGCUUUGCACAUUAGAGAUCACUGUUUGAUUAAAUCCUGUUUUAGAAUUACUAUACUCGAGGAACUUUGAUGUAUGAUGCUGCUUACUGAGGUUUGUUCUGUGAUUCUGUUGUAUUUUACCUAUUUCAAUUGGUAAAAACAUGAUGUUAUGAACCUUUUCCUGAGUUGGUAGUUUAUUUAAAUU